CUUUGCUGAUGCCAUCAAUGAAUUUAUGUUCUUUUCUCUGAUCAUUUGCAGACGUGAAGAAUUUUCCGCAGUGUUAAUUCCGAGAAUUUAUUCGUUUGUGAAAGAAUAAUAAUGAAAUGCUUUGAUUUGUAAUAAUUGUGCGCUGUACAAAAAGAAAAGAAUUUGGGGUUUUUUUGGUACUGAAGAACAGGAGAUCAUUUACCUGAAGAACAAUUGGAUUUCUUCGAAAUUCAAAGAAAAUCACUUUGGACAUUAAUUAAUAUACAGGCAAUUCUACGAUAAAUACGAAAGAUUGCCUGUUUGGAAUUCGGAUCUUUUAUUUUGAAAAUUUUCGGAGGUGUGUCUCCACCCCGUUUUGAUGCUUUGACAAGCUCAUUACUGUGGAAUGAAGUGGAAUAGAAGACGCAAAGUGGCAGCCGAUGGGGCCCACUGGAUACCCUUCGUUGAAAAAGUCACAUGGCCCUUCAUCCUUCUCGCAGUGUUCUUCAUAAUGGAUUCGCGAGCUACUUCGUUCGGAACCUGGAUGAAUUUGGGCCUUCAGGGUAUCGACGUCCUACGAAAUCCUCAAGCCUAUCUGUUAGGUGCUCAACCGUUGUGCAGUCGUCUCAGUGGACUCUCUAGGGGUCAAACUAAAUUAUGUUACCUAUACCAGGACCAUAUGGGCCAUGUGGCCAGAGGAGCCCGUCUUGGUAUCCACGAAUGCCAGUGGCAGUUCAAAAACAGAAGGUGGAACUGUUCCACUGUCGACGAUUCCAGUGUCUUUGGACCGGUACUUAAUAUUGGUAGCCGGGAAGCGGCAUUCGCUCAUGCCAUAGCCGCGGCCGGUGUGGUGCACACCGUAUCCCGUGGCUGUCGGGACGGCCAAUUGUCCAACUGCGGCUGCAGUCGAGCCAUGCGUCCAAAGAACCUGCACAGGGACUGGAUCUGGGGCGGCUGCGGCGACAACAUCGAGUACGGUUACAGGUUCACGGAGGGGUUCGUGGACGUCCGGGAAAGGGAGGUCAACCACCCCAGGGGGUCCAGGGAGCAAGGGAGGAAGCUUAUGAACCUGCACAACAAUGAAGCGGGCAGAAGGGCAGUAAUACGGAAAGUCCGAGUUACUUGCAAAUGCCAUGGUGUAUCCGGAUCCUGCUCCCUGGUCACAUGUUGGCAGCAACUGGCGCCAUUCCGAGAGGUCGGCGACUACUUGAAAGACAAAUAUGAUGGUGCAACUGAAGUGAAAAUCAAUCACAGAGGCAAACUCCAAAUUCGAAAUCCAAGAUACAACCUGCCUACAGCCGAGGAUCUUGUUUACAUCGACGAGUCUCCUGAUUACUGUGUACCCAACGAGAAAACGGGAUCCUGGGGAACAGAGGGUCGAAUCUGCAACAGAACCUCCGAAUCAACAGAUGGUUGCAACCUAAUGUGUUGUGGCAGAGGCUAUAACACUCACAAGACCACCAUAAAAGAAAGGUGUAAAUGCAAGUUCCACUGGUGUUGUUACGUUGAGUGCAAGACAUGCCAUUAUAUCCUGGACAUACAAUCCUGCAAGUAGAGGACAUCCGAGUAGAGGACAUUUCUAUUCCUUUCUGGAUAUACUAACUCACGAGAAAAAAGUUGUGAGGAAGAAUUCCAGGAACUUUAUAAAGCGGCUUUAGUACUUAAAGAAGACAAGGUUAUACGAAUGUAUAGCUGCUGAUGGACGGACUAGUGAGACAGUAUUAACGUCCCGAUUGUGACAUUGCUUUGGUGGUCUAACAUGAAAACUUUCUAAGUAGCACUUAGAAGAUUCGAUACAAUAAACAUUCUAUGGAACUAUACAUUAGAGGAACCAGAGUGCUACCACUAGAAAAUGAUGUUAAUCCUAGAAAAAAAAAACUACAAGUUUCGGCUAUUUUUUUUCUUUCUUCUGUUCCGUUUAGUAAUGAAUUUUAGGAUAUGAACGAUUCGAUUCGAACUGGUUGUGGUAAAUAUGUCACGUAUUGUGACUCACAGUGACUCACGUUAGAGUGAACUUUGGUUUUAACUAGGCAAUACGUCGACAGUGAUUGUGUUGAUAGACAUUAGAUUUCUUUGUGAAGUAUAUAAGGAAUAAGUGUAUUCUUUUCUCAUAUUCAUCAAAUAAAAACAUUUCGUUUUAUUAAAUAAUUGGUAAGAA